GAAUUUGGGGCUAGGAAUCGAGGGUUACGGCCCAUCACGCUUCAUCAUGUCCAAAGUUUUAAUACAACUCUCGCCGUUCCAGACUCAGCUCCAAAUGUUUCAGUAGAACGUGGAAGAACACAUAUCCUCAUUUCCUCUCUCUCUAUCUCUCUGUGUUCAAAACGGUUUUCUCGCACCUUCUCUCGUUCCUCCAUUUGCGGGCGUCCUGAGAAAUAUCUCUCUGUGUGUUACUCUUCUAGACUCUACGCAAUGGACAGUUUCGAAUCUGAGCUUCUCUGGUGCUGAAUUUGUAUGAAAGACCCAGUCUCUCUCACGGGCCUUGAAUCAUUCUAGGGCUUGACAGGACAAAUCGAGCAAAGGUAUCUACUGCUGACGUAAGAAAUUGCAAUGUAUGGAAGGAAAUUAAAGUGUAAAAAUCAUAAAUGGGAUCUUGUGGUCCAACCAUGCAAAUAUUUGAUUAGUUCGAACUCCCGAAAUUAUGAUUACUCUCCAUUUUUGAGCCAUACAAGAAUAGCAGGGAACAGUUCUUCUCGAGAUAGUUUGAUCAAAAGAUAUCUAUCAGAUUCUUUCUCAUCAAGGGUUGUUGCCUCUGAUAAUAGGCAUACAAGGUUGCGUGGGAGGUCUAGUGCAAGUUGGAAGAGUAGCUGUUCGCGGUUUUAUAGCUCUCAAGGUGAUGGUAGGAAUGCAGGUGAGGAUAAACAUAUACCUGUGAAAGAUGGUUCUAACUUCGAUAAGGGGAAGAAUCGAAGGGAAAAGGUAAGUGAAAAUGUGAGGUACUCCGAUGCACAUGCUCGACUAGGGGAGCAAGAUCAGAAGGAAUGGCUCAAGAAUGAGAAACUGUCUAUUGAGUAUAAAAAGAAGGAAUCACCUUUUCUGACUAGACGGGAAAAGUUUAAAAAUGAAUUCCUAAGGAGGGUUGUUCCAUGGGAGAAAAUAACUGUUUCAUGGGAAACAUUUCCCUACUACAUUCACGAACACACAAAAAACCUUUUGGUUGAAUGUGCUGCUUCCCAUUUGAAACAUAAGAAGUUUACUGCAUCUUAUGGUGCCCGUUUGACUUCAUCAAGUGGAAGAAUUCUGCUUCAGAGUAUUCCAGGUACUGAGCUUUAUCGAGAAAGAUUAGUCAGAGCGCUUGCACGGGAUUUACAAGUUCCUUUAAUGGUGCUCGAUAGCAGUGUGUUAGCUCCUUAUGAUUUUAGUGAAAUUUGCUCAUCUGAAAGUGAGUCAGAUGAGGAUAAUGCGGAAUCAGUGGAAGAAUGUACCUCAGAGUCAGAGGUUGAGAAUGAGAAUGAGAAUGAUGCAAGUAAUGAGGAAGAGUGGACAAGCAGUAAUGAAGCAAAAUCAGAUGGCAGUGAUGAUGAUGAAGCUUAUAUGAAGGCCUCUGCUGAAGCUCUGAAGAAGCUUGUUCCAUACAACCUUGAAGAGUUUGAGAAGAGAGUCUCUGGAGAAUCUGAAAGUUCCUCGGAAUCAUCAAAGUCGGAGGCUGUUGAGGAUUCUGAUAAACAGAAGAGGCCGCUUAAGAGAGGGGAUCGGGUGAAAUACAUUGGUCCUUCUCUAUGCAUUGAAGCUGAUAACAGGGUUGGACUGGGGAAGAUACCAACUUCUGAUGGCCCAACAAAUGCUUAUACCAUUAUACGUAGCAGGUCUUUGUCAAGUGGUCAACGUGGGGAGGUUUAUGAGUUGAAUGGGGACCGAGUUGCUGUUAUUCUGGAUAUUGGUGAAAAUAGAGAUGGAGAGAAGGAUGAAAAAGUUGCAGAGCAAGCUGCAAAACCAUCAGUAUAUUGGAUUCAUGUUAAGUACGUUGAGCAUGAUCUUGAUACUCAGGCAGAAGACUGUUAUAUCGCAAUGGAGGCUUUGAGUGAGGUUUUGCGUUCUAAGCAACCUCUUAUUGUCUAUUUUCCGGACUCUUCUCUAUGGUUAUCAAGGGCUGUUUCCAAGUCAAAUCGUAAAGAGUUUGUCCAUAAGGUGCAGGAAAUGUUUGACCAGUUAUCAGAACGUGUGGUAUUAAUUUGUGGACAGAACAAAGCUGAAGGAGGGUCAAAAGAGAGAGAGAAUUUUACAAUGAUUCUUCCGAAUUUGGGUCGCUUGGCAAAGUUGCCUCUUCCUUUGAGGCGACUUACAGAUGGGCUGAGAGCAACAAAGAGAUCGGAGGAUAAUGAGAUCGAUAAGCUCUUCAAUAACGUUAUUUGCAUACAUCCCCCAAAGGAGGAUGAUUUCCUUAGGACAUUCAAUAAGCAGGUUGAAGAUGACAGGAAAAUUGUAAUAUCAAGGAGCAAUUUAAGUGAGCUACACAAGGUUCUCGAGGAACACGAGCUAUCCUGCGCAGACCUGUUGCAUGUAAAUACUGAUGAUGUGAUACUGACAAAGUCGAAAGCUGAGAAAGUAGUUGGCUGGGCUAAAAAUCAUUACUUAUCGUCAUGUCUCCUUCCUUCCAUAAAAGGGGAAAGAUUAUCUAUGCCUCGUGAAAGCCUUGAAGUUGCAAUUUUAAGACUGAAGGAGCAGGAAACAAUAUCCAGGAAGCCCUCACAAAAUUUGAAGAAUAUUGCUAAGGACGAGUAUGAGAGCAACUUUGUUUCAGCAGUUGUUUCUCCGGGCGAAAUUGGUGUCAAGUUUGAUGAUAUUGGCGCUCUUGAAGAUGUGAAAAGGGCACUAAACGAACUUGUCAUUCUCCCAAUGAGGAGACCUGAGCUUUUCUCUCAUGGGAAUCUGCUGCGGCCUUGCAAAGGGAUAUUACUUUUUGGGCCUCCUGGAACUGGAAAAACUCUUCUUGCCAAGGCACUUGCAACAGAAGCUGGGGCGAAUUUUAUUAGCAUAACUGGUUCUACACUUACAUCUAAGUGGUUUGGAGAUGCCGAAAAGCUUACCAAGGCUCUCUUCUCCUUUGCCAGUAAAUUGUCUCCAGUAAUUAUUUUUGUGGAUGAGGUUGACAGUUUGCUUGGUGCUCGUGGUGGUUCUUUUGAGCAUGAGGCAACUAGAAGAAUGCGAAAUGAGUUCAUGGCAGCUUGGGAUGGAUUGAGGUCAAAAGACAGCCAAAGAAUCCUCAUCCUUGGUGCCACAAAUCGCCCAUUUGACCUUGAUGAUGCUGUCAUUCGUCGGUUGCCAAGAAGGAUAUACGUGGAUCUACCAGAUGCUGGAAAUCGUGUGAAGAUACUUCGAAUAUUUCUUGCUCAAGAAAAACUGGAACCUGGCUUUCAGUUUGACGAUCUUGCAAAUGCAACUGAAGGAUAUUCCGGGAGUGAUUUGAAGAACCUCUGUAUUGCAGCUGCAUAUAGACCUGUCCAAGAACUUUUAGAGGAAGAGAAGAAGGGAGAUAGAAAUGAGGUGGCUCCAGCGUUGAGACCACUCUCUUUGGAUGAUUUCAUUCAGUCCAAGGCCAAGGUGGGGCCAUCAAUUGCAUAUGAUGCAACAAGCAUGAAUGAACUGAGGAAGUGGAAUGAGCAAUAUGGAGAAGGCGGAAGCAGGAGAAAAUCACCAUUUGGAUUUUGAAACGACUAAUAUCGCGAAAAUUACUUUUAGAAUUAGUUUCAUUCUUUAGAAAAAGAGCAGCAUACAGCCCAAGGGACAGUGUACUACUAGGAGAAUCCCUCUUUCAUCAUUUUUAAUUACUGAGAAGACAGAAAAGACCUUGUCAUAUGAUAUUUUUGUAUUGUAGUUGUCAUCACUGACUUUAGAAGAAGGUUAAUUAUGAUGAUGUAUAUCAGUUCUAAUAAUGUAAUAAUGGUUUUCUUUUUAUUGUUGGAGCUAUUUCCGUGCUCCGGAUUUUUGGUCUCAUAUAUACACACAGUAUCAUCUUUGACAUUCUUGUGGAACAGAGAUUCUUUGUUUUACUUGAUGAUAUAUGGCAUUGAUACGGAUGUUGUUUCGA